GAUUGGACAGCAUUGGAACAGAUGUUCCAAUGUCAUAGAUAUGUCAGCCCAAAAUAUUUCAAUACUGAGGCAAAUAAAUAAGAUUUUAUAUAAAAAUGUGGCAUUUACGGCUCGUGGAUUUUCGAGAAAAAGCAGUAACAGUGAAGGUCCUUUCGUGACAAUUCGUUCGAGACAGGCCCCCAAAAAUGAGGCAAAACUGGCUCGUUUGGACCCAAAUUUCGAGUUAUUAGCGGCCACCAAUGGCUUCCCCUUUUUCCUGCGGGGGAAUAUCGGGAUGGGUUGGUACGAUACCAACACGACUGUUGAAUCGCCUUACAAACUCAUCAUGGAAGAGAUAGAUGAGAGUACUUGUUCCAGCAACGGGGAUAUUAUUUGUCGAGUCCAGACCUGUCCACAAGUUUUGCGCCAAAGUGUCUGUGAUUUGUUUCCAUACCGCGAUUUCGAGAGUACAGAAUUAUCUGUAGUUACGAUUUCAUUGAAACCAAACUUGAAACUACUGAGGAAGAAUAAGGAACUUGAAACUGAGCGCAUGGCCCAAACUUUUGUGAUCACUGCCAAAAAUGUUUGUGAUAAGUUACGCAAAGGUGGAUACUGGGCUGAUUUCAUAAACCCGUUCUCUGGACGCUCGUACUUGUUCCCCACUAGUGCAAAUAAACUGUAUGAAGCUGACGAGAAAUUCAGGUGUUUAGAUUUUGAAAUAUUCGAUAUACAGCAGUGUAAAAUCGUCUCCAACGAGCAAACUUCGGUCAAUAGGCGGUUUGUAGGAAGUCUAUUUACUAAUGCCCCUUCAAAGAAAAAGCAUUUGAACGAUAUUUUUACUCAGCUCUAAAAAUAUAACGCUUCUGUGAAUAAUAAAAAAUAAUAAAAUAAUAAAAUAAUAAAGAUUAUUUGAGCGAA